UCAUGUAACAAAACAGAACUUCCUUGAAGUGAAUAAACCCAUAUGAGGUCAUGGAAGAGCUGGGAUUGGAAUCUUGGUGUUGUGAGUUCAGAUCUGGUGUUUGCACCUGUAAGAUGGUGCUGGGGAAACAGGAACACAAGCUCCCAUGAGAGCAAAUCGGGCUGGAAAAUUCUAACAUGGGAAAUCAGGAGAGAUGAGAAGCAAAUAGAUUGAAAGAAGCUACUCAGGCUGCUGAAAAGAACGGGAAUUUUGCCAUGUUUUUGUAGCAGCAGUUUUCAAGUGUGAUCCUCAGACUGUGGGCGGCCUUUGAGAUUCUCCUGAGAUUUGGCAAGGUCACAGCUAUUUUCAUAAUAUCUCCAGUCACUCUGCCUUUUUCUCGUGAUCAUAUUUGCACCGGGGUGUAGAAGCAAAGUUUCCUGGUGAUGAUAUGGCAUCUGCCAGCUCCAGCCGGCCAGGAGUGGCUCUCCCUUUUGAGAAAUCUCAGCUUACCCUGAAAGUGGUGUCUGCAAAGCCCAAGGUGCACAACCGGCAGCCUCGCAUCAACUCGUACGUGGAGGUGGCGGUAGAUGGGCUGCCCAGCGAGACCAAGAAGACGGGCAAGCGCAUCGGGAGCUCCGAGCUGCUGUGGAAUGAGAUCAUCGUCCUGAAUGUCACAGCCCAGAGUCAUUUAGAUCUGAAGGUCUGGAGCUGCCACACCUUGAGGAAUGAACUGCUAGGCACGGCCUCUGUCAACCUCUCCAACGUCCUGAAGAACAAUGGGGGCAAAAUGGAGAACACGCAGCUGACCCUGAACCUGCAGACGGAGAACAAAGGCAGCGUUGUGUCAGGCGGAGAGCUGACAAUUUUCCUGGACGGGCCCUCUGUUGACGUGGGAAGCGUGCCUAAUGGCAGUGCCGUGACAGACGGAUCACAGCUGCCUUCAAGAGAGUCCAGUGGGUCAAGCGUAGCUUCCGAGAACCGGCACCCGCCCACCAGCACAAACUGCUUUGGUGGGAGAUCCCGAACGCACAGACACUCAGGUGGUUCAGCCAGGACAGCCGCAGCAACCGUCGAUCAGAGCCCUGGGACGAGGAACCGGCACCGCCAGCCCGUCAAGAACCCCAGCCACAGCGGCCUGGCCAAUGGCGCAGUGAAUGAUGAAUCUACUGCUGCCACUGAUCCUGAAGAACCUUCUGUUGUCGGUGUGACGUCCCCACCUGCCUCAGCCUUGAGUGUGACCCCCAACCCCGGCACGACGUCUCUUCCUGCUCCGGCCACACCGGCUGAGGGAGAGGAGCCCAGCACUUCGGGCACACAGCAGCUCCCCACGGCUGCACAGGCUCCUGAUGCUCUGCCUGCCGGGUGGGAGCAGCGGGAGCUGCCCAAUGGGCGGGUCUAUUAUGUGGACCACAAUACCAAGACCACCACCUGGGAGCGGCCUCUUCCUCCAGGCUGGGAGAAGCGCACAGACCCCCGAGGGAGGUUUUACUACGUGGAUCACAACACUCGGACCACCACCUGGCAGCGCCCCACAGCCGAGUACGUGCGGAACUACGAGCAGUGGCAGUCACAGCGCAACCAGCUGCAGGGGGCCAUGCAACACUUCAGCCAAAGAUUCCUCUACCAGUCUUCGAGCACUUCGACUGACCAUGAUCCCCUGGGCCCGCUGCCCCCCGGCUGGGAGAAGAGGCAGGACAAUGGACGGGUGUAUUACGUGAACCACAACACACGCACCACCCAGUGGGAGGACCCUCGGACGCAGGGGAUGAUCCAGGAACCAGCUCUGCCCCCUGGAUGGGAAAUGAAGUACACCAGCGAGGGGGUGCGAUAUUUUGUGGACCACAAUACUCGCACCACCACCUUUAAAGAUCCUCGCCCCGGGUUUGAGUCAGGGACUAAGCAAGGUUCCCCUGGUGCCUAUGACCGGAGUUUUCGGUGGAAGUAUCAUCAGUUCCGGUUCCUGUGCCACUCAAAUGCCCUGCCCAGCCAUGUGAAGAUCAGCGUUUCCAGGCAGACGCUCUUUGAGGAUUCUUUCCAACAGAUCAUGAACAUGAAGCCCUAUGACCUGCGCCGCCGGCUCUACAUCAUCAUGCGUGGGGAGGAGGGCCUGGACUACGGAGGCAUCGCCAGAGAGUGGUUCUUCCUCCUGUCCCACGAGGUGCUCAACCCCAUGUACUGCUUGUUUGAGUAUGCCGGGAAGAACAACUACUGCCUGCAGAUCAACCCCGCCUCCUCCAUCAACCCCGACCACCUCACCUACUUCCGCUUCAUCGGCAGGUUCAUCGCCAUGGCCCUGUACCAUGGGAAGUUCAUUGACACAGGCUUCACCCUCCCUUUCUACAAGCGGAUGCUCAACAAGAGACCCACGCUGAAAGACCUGGAAUCCAUCGACCCUGAGUUCUAUAACUCCAUCCUCUGGAUCAAAGAGAACAAUCUAGAAGAGUGCGGCCUGGAGCUCUUCUUCAUCCAGGACAUGGAGAUCCUGGGCAAGGUGACAACCCACGAGCUGAAGGAGGGCGGCGAGAGUAUCCGUGUCACAGAGGAGAACAAGGAAGAAUAUAUCAUGCUGCUGACGGACUGGCGCUUCACCCGAGGCGUGGAAGAACAGACCAAAGCCUUCCUAGAUGGCUUCAAUGAGGUGGCCCCCCUGGAGUGGCUGCGCUAUUUUGAUGAGAAAGAGCUAGAGCUCAUGCUGUGUGGCAUGCAGGAGAUUGACAUGAGUGACUGGCAGAAGAACACUAUCUACCGGCACUACACCAAGAACAGCAAGCAGAUCCAGUGGUUCUGGCAGGUGGUGAAGGAGAUGGACAACGAGAAAAGGAUCCGGCUGCUGCAGUUCGUUACCGGAACCUGCCGCCUGCCUGUCGGGGGAUUCGCCGAGCUCAUUGGGAGCAACGGACCUCAGAAGUUCUGCAUUGACAAGGUCGGCAAGGAAACCUGGCUGCCCAGAAGCCACACAUGCUUCAACCGUCUGGAUCUCCCGCCCUACAAGAGCUACGAACAGCUGAAGGAGAAGCUGCUGUAUGCUGUUGAGGAGACCGAGGGCUUUGGACAGGAGUAACCGAGGCUGCCCCUCCCCAGCCCCCAGCACAUACGUAGUCCCGAGUCCUCCCUGCCUGACAGCCUGCCGGCCACACAGCCCUCAGGAAGGCCCUGUGGAUGGUGGCCCUGCAUGGGACCACAGCGUCAUCCCCGAUGGCAGAACCUGCCCUCCUACCUGCAGGUGGCAGUCUGGAAUAAAGCCCCGAGUCACCUUGGCCCUGCCACGUGUCGCAAAGUCCAGGGGUGACCCCUGCAAAACUCUCCCCUUCCCUUAGGACCAACCUGGGUGCGCAGGAGUGUGCGAGGGAAGCUGCCCGGUCCCAAAGGACGUGGCAGGAGCCUGGGCCUCAUGUCCUAGUUAGAGGAGGAACUGGCCACUUUCGGGUGGCUGUUCUGGACUGAGAGAGCCGGGUCUUUGCCAGCAGAAGAGGUUCUGUCUUAACUAGAACUUUCCAUGGGUCCACAUGAGACAAAGAUCUGAGGAAAGACACAGGCUGGCCGCAAAGACGAGGGCCUCUGCUCAUCCCUUCUCAGCAGACACAGGGUGGGACCGGCCACCUGCGUGGGGGUCAGUGGGCGGGCAACCGCAAGCUCCCUCCGAGUUGUCCUUUUACAUAAACUUGAAGCGUUUGUGUGUAGGGUCGCUUUUUGUUUUGCUUUUGGUGUGCUGCUGCCACUUCCUGUGGAGGAGGCGGAGCCCCAGGUGUGCCAGGGCCUUGGGGGACCCAGCCUUGCUGGUACAAAAGCUGCUCCUCCUCACAGCUUGGCUUAGCAAGCUCAGGCAGGCCUGACCCGGCCGCUCAGUUGCCCAGUGGCCAAGUCCCUGAGCUCAACGCAGAGGAAGGGCUUGGUGUUCUGAAUGCCACUCCCAACCCAUGCAGUCUGUAGGGAAGGGUUCCCUUUGCUAGAUAGUUCCCUUGGUGGCCCCCGGGGAGGGGCAGAGGAGUCUGACUGCUCCCCCCUGGCAGCCCUAGAGAUCCAGGUGGCCUUAGUUCCCUCCAUGGAACAGCACAUGCCCUGAGCACACUCGUUCUGCAUAGAUGCCAAGCUUUCUCUGCAUCUGGGACCUGACGCCACUGAGAACCAGCAGAAGGGCCCCAAGUGCCUCGACAGCCUGGCGUGGUUGGUGGCGCUCUCUCCACCUUGGGGAUUCUGCUGUGGACUAAGGUUUUUGGGUGUGCAGUCUCCUCUGGGUGCUGGAGUAACGGUGGUGGCACACUCGCUAGUCCAGGGCCCCAGCUGCACACCAGCUUCUGGGGCCUCCAGGCUGGCCCUCAGAUCCGCCCGGGAGCUGUAAGGACAGUGUCACCGUCCCUUGUCUUGUCCUUCCCGGGUCUGGAGGGAGAGCCCUGUCCACCCAUGGUGCACGUGCUGAUUUGAGUGACCCUGCUCAGUGCGGCUUGGCAUUUUCUCUCCCCUCAGUUAGCUCUGGUAUCCCCUGGACACGUCCCCAUGAAGGCUGCUCCAGCAGGUGGGCAGGGGUGCAGGCAGCCAGCGAGGCACAGGAGCGUCAAGCUCACGGAUGUUCACGUGUGUUUGUGUGUGCGUGUGCAUACGUGUGUGCAGAGCUGAAGUGUCGGUGUGGAAUGCCCUGCGGUAGAACUGGGUCAGUCUGGAUUGUUUUGUAACGCCCGCCCCUGCAUUGGUAUUGCCAGGUUCUUGUGCAAUAAACAAUUGCAGCCGUG